UGCCCUGCCACAGUCGCCACCAGGCCCAAGAGAAAGAAUGAAGGGGAUGCUAAAGCCAAGGUGAAGGAUGAGCCACAGAGAAGAUGUGCAAGAUUUCCUGCUAAACCUGCUCCUCCAAAGACAGAGCCCAAACCUAAAAAGGCCCCUGCACAAAAGGGAGAGAAGGUACCCAAAGGGAAAAAGGGGAAAGCUGAUGCUGGCAAGGAUGGGGAUGGCCCUACAGAAAACAGAGAUGCCAAAACAGACCAGGCACAGAAAGCUGAGGGUGUUGGAGAUGACAAGUGAAGUGUGUGAUUUUUGAUAACUGUGUACUUCUGGUGACUGUACAGUUUGAAAUACUAUUUAUCAAGUUUUAUAAAAAUGCAGAAUUGUCUUCUACUUAAAAAAAAAUUUUUUUUUAAUAUUUAUUUAUUUUUGAGAGAAAGAGAGACAGAGCAUGAGCAGGGGAGGGGCAGAUAGAGAGGGAAUUGGAAGCAGGCUCCAGGCUCUGAGCUGUCAACACAGAACCCAAUGCGGGGCUUGAACUUGUGGACCAUGAGAUCAUGACCUGAGUGGAAGUCGGACGCUUAACCAACUGAGCCACCCAGGUGCCCCGUGUUUUACUUUUUUUUU